GGCCGGGCCGGGGUUGGAGCCUCCGAACAGCCCGCCCCUCCCCGGGCUACCCUGGGCGCGCCGCCGCCGCCCCCUCCGUCACGUCCCGGUCCCCUGGGUCCUUCGGUCCGGUGGGCAUGGCUCGCGCUCUGGAGCCCGAGCGGCGGCUCCUGGCCAUCUACACAGGCGGCACUCUCGGCAUGCGGAGCGAGGGCGGCGUGCUCGUCCCUGGGAGGGGCCUGGCCGCUGUCCUGAGGACGCUGCCCAUGUUCCAUGACGAGGCCCACGCCCGGACCCUUGGCCUCCCCGAGGACACGCUGGUGCUGCCGCCCGCCAGCCCUGACCAGAGGGUCAUCUACACGGUGCUGGAGUGGCAGCCCCUCUUCGACUCCAGUGACAUGACCAUCACCGAGUGGAUUCAGAUUGCCCAGACCAUCGAGAGACACUACGGGCAGUACCACGGGUUCGUGGUCGUCCACGGCACCGACACCAUGGCCUUCGCCGCCUCCGUGCUGUCCUUCGUGCUGGAGAACCUGCAGAAGACUGUCGUCCUCACUGGUGCCCAGGUGCCCAUCCAUGCCCUCUGGAACGACGGCCGUGAGAACCUGCUGGGGGCGCUGCUCAUGGCCGGCCAGUACGUGGUCCCCGAGGUCUGCCUGUUCUUCCAGAAUCAGCUGUUUCGGGGCAACCGGGUGACCAAGGUGGACUCGCGUAGGUUUGCGGCCUUCUGCUCCCCCAACCUGCCCCCUCUGGCCGUGGUGGGCGCUGACGUCACACGUAAGCGGGCAGUGAGCGGGCAGCGAGCGGGCCGGCCCAAGACUCGUUCACUGGUUCACUCUUUCCUUCCUUCCUUGCUGGGCUUGCUGAAGCUGCACGGCCGGCUGCCGGCAGCAUUGGUUCGGGCCUUCCUGCAGCCCCCCCUGAAGGGCGUGGUCAUGGAGACCUUCGGCUCCGGGAACGGCCCCACCAAGCCGGACCUGCUGCGGGAGCUGCGGGCGGCCGCGGAGCGGGGCCUCAUCAUCCUCAACUGCACGCACUGCCUUCAGGGCACGGUGACCUCUGGCUACGCGGCCGGCAUGGCCAUGGAGGGAGCUGGCGUCGUCUCCGGCUUCGACAUGACGUCGGAAGCCGCCAUGGCCAAGCUGUCCUACGUGCUGGGCCAGCCGGGGCUGAGCCUGGACAGCAGGAAGCAGCUGCUGGCCAGGGACCUGCGCGGGGAGAUGACGCUGCCCACGGGGGACGGGUGCCUGCCCUCGCUGACUGGCCGCCCGCUGGGCCGGGGGGUCGCCCAGCUCCUUGGGCUGGGCCAGGAGGCCGAUGCUGUGCGCGACGCCGCGACCCCCGGCUUGGCCUGCGCCGCCGCCCGCGCCGGCGACCUGGACGUCGUGUGACAGGCCCGUGCCUCACCCCAGGGCAGUGACCUGAGCCAAGAGAACUUUAACGGUCAGACCGCUCUGCACGCGGCCGCCCGGGGAGGCCACCCCGAGGUGGUCGCCAUGCUGUUGCAGAGAGGGCUGGAUGUGAGCGCCCGCGAUGAGGAUGGACUGAGCCCGCUGCUGCUGGCGGUGAAGGGCAGGCAUCAGGAUGUCAUUGGGCUGCUGCGGGCAGCGGGGGCCUGCCUGUCCCCCCAGGAGCUGGAGGAGGCGGGGACAGAACUGUGCAGGCUGGCAUCCAGGGCGGACCUCGAAGGCCUGCAGUCAUGGUGGAGGGCGGGGGCCGACCUGGGCUGCCCAGGCUAUGACGGGCGCAGCGCCCUGCUUGUUGCAGAAGCAGCUGGGCACCUGGAAGUGGUGACCUUUCUUCAGAAGCUCCAGGGUGCAGACCCCGCCACUCUGUGACACACCCGACCACAGCGCUGGAGGGCCCUGGCCACGGCCAAGAGGUUCCUGGAGCCUGGAGGGGACCUCAGGUCCCUGUCCUGCACGUCCUGCCCACCCUGCCCACCCCACUGGACUGGGGGCUCCCACCUGCCUCCUACCGCACACCCCAUCCCCCACUCUGUCAUCUGGCCCUCUAGAAGACUCUCAUGUCUGACUGCAUUUGCUCAGGCCCUUGGGUCCCUCCCUGGGAAAGGCUGGGCCCCAGGACGAGGGCUUGUCUGGUGGCCCUGCCCCCACACACUGCCUGCGCCUCAGGGAAGAGGUCUCAGAGACUUCCCAUCAGUUGGGAAGUGCCACCUGGGGUCUCACCUGAAGCUGCCUUGCCACUGAGCAGGCUGUUCCUUCCGUCUGUGGCUGCCGAGGGGCGCCGCCCCACCACCCAGACUGGGACUGCCCCCCGCGGCUCCCCACUGCUCCCCACACAGCCUAAACGUCUUGGCCGGGCAGAGUGGCAAUAAAGUCUCUCCAGGGCCCUCCCUCGGUACCC